UCAGUUUUCUUCUUCCCGCUGGUGCAAUUCAGCUUUCGCGGUUUUAGAUUCCAUCUCUCUAAAUCUGCGUGUAUAUCUACCUCUACAAGUCUCCUUUGUGCCGUAGUUCAAUGUAUCUGAACAGACUUUAGCAGCAUCUUUCUAUCUGAUUCGAUCCUUUGCUUUUUCUAACUACAUGUUUCAGAUUGAUCAAAAACGCAUGCUAUUAGGGUUUUGAGUUGUUCGAGAAAGCUUAUCCUAGCUCUGCAGAUUGCACAUAUCUGCAUAUAUCGGCUGUGUCAGGAAUCAGUAUGUAUUCUGUGCAUUUGUUAUCUUAAACCAGUGACACUUGUGGAGGUUGUUUGUUUAGGUGUUCUGUUUAGAGGCAGGCUAUAAGCAUUAUGUCAAGGCUGUGCUUGUAGUCAACUUUUCUGUAUCAGCUAUGGAGUUCAAGAAGGAAGAAGCGAUUAGGGCUAAAGAGAUUGCAGAUAAGAGAAUGCAAUUAAAAGACUUUGUUGGUGCCAAGAAGCUUGCUUUGAGAGCCCAAGUUCUUUAUCCCGAACUCGAGAAUCUUUCACAGAUUAUAACUGUUUGCGAUGUCCACUGCUCUGCAGAAAACAACAUUUUUGGAAACGAAAAGGAUUGGUAUGAUAUUCUCAAGGUCGAACCUACAGCUGAUGAAGUAUCAAUCAAGAAGCAAUACAGGAAGUUCGCUCUGUUGCUUCAUCCAGACAAGAACAAAUUUUUCGGUGCAUCAGACGCUUUCAAAUUAGUCGGCGAUGCUCAAAGAGUGUUAUUAGACUCCGAAAAAAGGAGAAUCCAUGAUGCUAAACUUAAAGCUUUAAAAACUUCUAACCGGGAUCCACACCAGGCCUUCUCCAGAUUCAAUUUUCAGAACCCACAAUCACAACAAAAUCAUGCACAAACAGCCAAACCGUCGUUUUGGACUUCGUGCCCUAUAUGUGGCAUUAGGUACGAAUUUUACAUUGAUGUUUUGAACAGACGUCUAAUGUGUCAGCAAUGUAGAAGUCUUUUCACUGCAUUUGAGGAAAAUCCUCCAACAAGGGUUCCAUCACAAAAGAAGCAUCCUCAGCAAAUGAACCAUCCUCAGCAAAUGAACCAUCCUCAGCAAAUGAACCAUCCUCAGCAAAUGAAUCAUCCUCAGCAAAGGAAUCAUCCUCAGCAAAUGAACCAUCCUCAGCAAAUGAACCAUCCUCAGCAAAUGAACCAUCCUCAGCAAAUGAAUCAUCCUCAGAAAAUGAACCAUCCUCAGCCUUCUGCUUCGGUUCAUACUACUACUGCUAAUGUUAACCCUGGAGGUGUCAAUUCCAAAGUCGAACUCAACAAAAAUUCCGUCAGUCAAAACCAAACGGAGAAGUCUGGUAAGAAAGCUAAAGUUCCGGAAAGUAGCAAUGAAGCAGAAGAAACUAUUGAAGUGGAUGAUAAUAAUUUAUCCAAACAGAGUGAUGAACAGUCCUUGCGGAGGUCUACUCGUUCUAAACAUAACAUCUCUUAUGAUGAAAACAAGGAUGAUGGCGAUGAUUACCAUAAAAACCCUUUGAAAAAAAUGAAAUCCGGCGAACCAUCCAACCAACAAGAAUUUACAAAUCCAAAACCGGAGGAAAUGCCAGAAAAGGAAGAGGAGGAGGUGGAUUCAACUAUGGACGAAAAGGAAGAUCCACAGGUCUAUACAUGUCCUGACCCAGAUUUCAGCGAUUUUGAUGGCAACCGAAAGGAAGGAAGCUUUGUACCUGGGCAAAUAUGGGCUUGUUAUGAUAAUGUUGAUGCCAUGCCUCGGUACUAUGCUCGUAUUUCUAAGGUUCUCUCACCCGGGUUUAAGUUGAGGAUAAUGUGGCUAGAGUCAGACACAAAUGAAAUCGAUGAAGAAGACAAACUAAAAUGGUUAGACAUGGAAUUGCCUGUUUCAUGUGGAAUAUUCAAACGCGGUCAAUAUGAAACUACUGAAGAUCUUUUUAUGUUCUCUCAUUUGGUUCCUCACGAAAGAGGUAUCAAGAGGGAUAGGUAUAAAAUAUAUCCAAGGAAAGGCGAUACUUGGGCCUUGUUCAAAAACUGGGAUAUUAAUUGGAAUUCUGACCCCGAACUCGAAAAGAAAUUCGAGUACGAAUUCGUCGAAGUACUGUCUGAUUACGACGACAAUGGACCUGGUGUUUCUGUUGCUCCCUUGGCAAAGGUGAAGGGAUUUAUCUGUCUGUUUAGUCGGAUAACAAAUGGCGUUGGAUCGAAUUCAUUUCAGGUGCUGGCCAAAGAUUUGUAUAGAUUUUCUCACAUGGUUCCUUCGUUUCGAAUGAGCGGUGAAGAGCGGGUAGGUGUUCCUGCUGGAUCAUUUGAACUCGACCCGGCAUCUCUUUCUUCUGGUCCCGAGGUAAAUGUUUGAUUAUCAUGGUUUUUCCCAAUUGAAGUUGCAAAGUUUCAGGUUUUCUUCCUCCUUUUGUUUCUGAGUUAGAUAAAAUGCAAUGGAUUUAAAGAUAAUUGAACUAGAUCAGUUUAUGGUACUUGGUAUUUUGUUAUAAUUGCAACUUUAUUAUUUCUUUUGUGGUUUAACUAGAUCCAUUGUAGUAAAUGUUAUGCAUUUUGUUAAUCUAGUAGGUUAAAAUCC